AUGUCUCUUUGCUCGUUUGGCGAUCUGGGAAAAGCUGCGAAGGAUAUCUUCACGAAACAUUUCAAGAAUUCUUUCUGUAAUUUCAAUUACAAAUCGAAGACCGAGAACGAUGUCGAUGUUCACAUCGAGUGCAGUGGUCGUGACUUCCAAGCUGCUGGCGACGUCACCUUCAGGCUUGCCGAUGGCAUAUCCGUAAAGACCAAGGUUGAUAAUGCCAUGAAACUCACCAACGACGUUGAGAUAUCAGAGAAAAUAAGGGGCAUGAAGCACAAUAUAGUGUGUAGUGUUGACAAAGCUGGGUAUGCUGCCAUUUCCGCCCGUGUUUAUUCCUUCUUUAGUGAAAAGAACCUCAAACUGAAGACCUGUUUGAAGCAAGACCACGUGAACGCUGAUUUAGAAGUUGAUUUCGCCUCGAAGUUCCCUCAUACCUUAGGUUCAGUCGUUGUUGGGUAAUUUGUGCAUCGACCACUAACUGCUUUAGUGAUAAAGGUUAUAUGGCUGGUGCUCAGCUGUCCGUUGAUACGAACGGAUUCGAAAUAAAGAAAUAUGUUUACUCAUUGGGUUACAUCGGCAAAGGAUUCCAGCUGCAUGGUUUUCUAACCAACCACCGGGACAUCGAGAUAAAGCUUUUCCAAUCCCAUAGCGACGUGGAUUGCGGCUUCAACAUAGGUUGGGAUGGCGCGUCAAAAACCACUUCAUUCGGCGCAGCUGUGAUGUACAAACCGAAUAAGGACAUGUUCCUGAAGGCCCGGGUGAAUGAACGGGGAGUCCUGGGUUUGGCAUAUGGAAUAAAAGUCGUUCCCGGUAAUCCUUCCUUUUGAUUGUUCUCAAAUCCACACCUAUUGUGACUUUUCAGCCCCCUUUUGGUAGCUGCUGAAUAGGCCUAUUCUCUUUAACUCUUUCGUUUGUGUGUGCUUUCGACUCUGAUUUCUCUCACCCUCGUCAGUUUCGGACGAAUUACCGCUUUCCGCGUUCGGAUGGCAGUCAUGACCGUUAGCACCCACACUAACCCGAGUUCUGGACGAUGUUUUCCCGUUUAUUUUAGUUGCUCAUUUACAGCAAAUCACGCCCUCCAUUUAUUCCCAUAUCAUUACUGUUCGUAGUAGGCACUGAUUUUGAUGGCGCUUGUUUGUGUCUUGGUUCGGUAAUUUCCUCAAGAUUUUCCUUGCUUGAAACCUAUCCUCUUUACGUUUGUUCGACAAUGUGGGUGAAUUACUCCCUCCUGUCCUUAUUUUCUGCAAUAUUGUGGGUUAUCGUCUGUGCUUUGACUCUGCAAAUGUGAUCCUGUUUUGCCGAGGUUUCCUCGAAGGUCUCUUAACUCGCAGUUUUUCUCUUUACGCUCCUCGAAAAAAAGGUGAUUGACUCUGUGGAUGUCAUUUUAGUAUUGAUUUAUGAUGAAAUUUGGAGUUAGCGUCUGCACUAUGAUGGCGUUGGGUCCCACACUCUUGUUUUACUGAUUCAUUAUCCACUCUGUAAGUUUUCUAAACAGUCCUUUUCCGUUUCAGGAGCUCUUUUGACGGUUUCGGCGGAGACGGACACGACAGCCUACACAACAGCGGCUGAAUACGGAAUGUGCCUGGAAAUUGAAAAUUAA